GUUGUGUUUGCUAUUACGGAGAUUCCUAUCUAGAAUUUCAGAAUGUGUUUUUAAAUCCACAAAAUAACAUCACCCUGGAAUUUCAGACCUUCAGUCCUUAUGGACUCCUGCUGUAUGUCAAGCAAGAAUCAAAUUCAAUAGAUGGAUUUUUUAUUCAAUUGUUUAUUGAAAAUGGUACUUUAAAGUACCACUUUUUCUGUGCUGGUGAAACAAAAUUGAAAAGCAUUCACACUACCAUUAGAGUGGAUGAUGGACAAAGAUAUAAACUGUUUAUCAGACAAGAUUUGGACCCAUGUAGAGCUGAAAUGACUAUUCUAGGAAGGAUUAUAGAAAGCAGCAUAUCUAUUGAUGACAUGCCUGGAAAACCACUGUCAAAAUCAUGGUCUAUCUUUAUUGGUGGAUUACCAGAUCUUCAUGCAAAAACAAAGAUUUCUGGACCAGUUGAAAAUUUUAUUGGCUGCAUACGAGUUGUGGAAAUCAAUAACCAGGGAACUUUCAUUCCAUCCAUGGCAGUGAAAAAAAAUCACGUUGAGAACUGCAGAUCUCAAGAUCUGUCUCCAAUGACCUCUGUUGUUCCUUCUGUUAUGAUGCAAGUGACCGAUUCCAGAUGUUCUUCCCUCAGCCUCUCUCCAGCUGCGCCACCUGUCUGCCAGGAAAAUGAGUGCCACAAUGGAGGCACUUGCCACCCCCUCUUCCUGUCAAGCACUGUCAUUUCCUUCCAGUGUGACUGUCCACUACAUUUUACAGGCCGUUUCUGCGAAAAAGGUAAUCACUUACACUUCUCUAUUCCUUUUGCAAACGUCUUACGCCAGUAG